UUCCUCACUCGCUACCCCACACAUUCAACUGGGGCCUGCAUUCCGCUCGCAUCCCGAGCAAGACACACCUGGUCAGAAUCAGGAGCCCCUUCUGGGUCGCGGCUCUGGUCGACGGGCGCGCUGUUGCUUUUCUCGACCUGCCAUUCUCCGGAAUCUUGGGCUGCUGCUUGAUUUCUGGCUUUUGCUGCGUCAUCGUCAGCCGUUUCGCCAUCACCAGCCCGUCUGCGCAAAGGGCCCAGAUGCAGUCGCAGCCACGAGCUGCGGGACCUGGCAGCCAUGGCGGAUACCGAAGAGAUGGUGCCCUCUCCUCUCUCUGUGGAGGAAGAGGAUGAGCUGUGGACGGAACUCGACAAGUGCGUCUCGGAACAUUGCGACAGCCACGAAUCCAUUGACGAUGCCCUCCGUUCCUGGCUGAGCCUGACAACCCAGCUCCGCGACCAGCAACCUCAGUCGCAGGAGGAGGUCAUCAUGUGCGCGCAGAUCCUAUUGAACAGCGACAUAUUCCGACAGCACAAAGAGUAUGUCCGCAAGCAGCUCAUCUACAGCCUGCUGCAGGAGGACGAGGCCGGGCCCCUGCACGCGAUAGUCUCUUUGCUUCUGCUGGACGGCCACAAGGACGAGGCGACGUUUCCGCACAUGAUACGCGAGGCCUGCUUCCCCCGCCUUCUUGAGCUGAUCAGGCAAGAGAAGGAUGGCGACCCGCGACUCCAUCGCUUUCUAUUGCAGCUGAUGUAUGAGAUGUCGCGUGUGGAGCGGCUGACACCGGAAGACUUGGCGCUGGUCGACGAUGAUUUUAUUCACUUUCUGUUUGGCCUAAUCGAGGGCGUGUCUAGCGAUGUGAAUGAUCCAUACCAUUACCCAACCAUUAGAGUAUUGCUUGUCCUGAAUGAACAGUACAUGCUUGCGUCCACAGACACUGUUACGAUUCCCGGAUCGGCCCCCGAACCGCUGACAAACCGUAUUGUCAAAUGCCUGAGCCUCCACGGGCCAUUGUUCCGAACAUUUGGAGAGAAUAUCAUUCUGCUUCUGAAUCGAGAGACCGAGACGUCUCUGCAGCUGUUGAUCCUUAAACUUCUAUAUCUUCUAUUCACCACUAAAGCGACGUAUGAAUACUUUUAUACCAACGAUUUGCGAGUGUUAUUGGACGUCAUUAUUCGAAAUUUGAUGGAUCUUCCUGACGAAAGGAUGUCUCUUCGGCAUACGUACUUGCGAAUUUUAUAUCCCUUGUUGGCGCAUACCCAGAUGAACCAGCCACCACACUAUAAGAAGGACGAAAUUUUACGCCUACUUAAAAUUCUGAGGGGCUCACAGAACGCCCACUUUGCCCCUGCCGAUCCGACCACUCUACGACUUGUAGACCGAGUAUCCAAGGUCAAAUGGUUGGUAGAUGAAGAAGACGUAGAUUCCGAAGCAUCAGGACAGGCAGAGGUUGCUCGAAAGCUCCUGGGCAUGAGCUUAUCGACAAGGCAUUCAUCCAGCAGUGUUAGUGUCACUGAUGUGGCCGAAGUCAAGGAGAAGCCAGGCGUGCAGACGCCGAGUCGAAACGACACGAAGCCAGCUGCCGAACCGGUGGAGCAUGAUGGUGCGAGCAAAUCCAAGAAGCCUGUACCAGCAGUGCCCAAGCACAGACACGGCAUUCCCUUUAAGCAUUCAGCUGCAGCAAUUAAGCAUUCUGCUACAGUACAUAUCAGCAGCGUUACGUCGAAAAAGGUACCGCCAAAGGCACCACCCCCUAGACGACAUGGCAAAGUGAGGAUGGCAGAAACGUCAUCGGAUGAACACCUGGCAGGCGCCGUAAACUAAGGGACCCUGACAGGCAUUCAUACCGGAAAUAUGUCAUACUAUUUUUAAUGAUGGUGCUUUUACUUCGAAUCCUUUUUUUGCUUUUCUUCUAUUUUCUUGUCUUGUCUGUCUGUCUAUUUGUUCAUUUAUUUCCUUGUUUACUUGUUUCUGUAAUGGUCUUUUGGAAAUGGGCCUCAAAGAGCAGAACUAGAGCUCACAGACGCUAACCAUGGCGUGAAUU